GAGUCCAAGAACAGCUCUCAGCAUAAUCAAUCGAAGAAGGCUCAUAGAAAUGGUAUCAAGAAGCCCAAAACCUCUAGAUAUCCAUCUCUGAAGGGUACCGAUCCGAAAUUCCGAAGAAACCAUAGGCAUGCCCUUCACGGUACAAUGAAAGCUUUGGUAAGCGGUCAAUACCUGGAUUUCUUACAACACGGUGCUAACUUCUUAGCAGAAGGCAGAGAAGGAGGGCGGCGACAAGUCAUGAGUCUCACGACGAUUUCUUCUUUCGAUUACGGCAGUGGAAUUUGCAUUGGCAAGGGCGCAUUCUGGAGGCAGAUAAGGGCAAAUCCGCAUUUGCAGCAACCAGAUUCUCGACGAUAG